AUGGCUCAGAUGAUGGCAAGGGCAGUGGAGAUAAGGAAAGUCUAUGCAGCCAGCUCCAAUUGCAGAAUUUUCUUUGAGAUUACAUUCACCAAGUACUUCUUUCUGUAUCUCGAAGAUCUUGGAACAAUGUGUUAUAAAUGCAACAAGUAUCAUCUUGGGCUAUGCUAUGACAUCAUGAGUUCCUGCACACUGAAGCAUAGACAGUCCUGUGCUGCUGAGAACUUUUACAUACUCACAAGAAAAGGGCAGAGCAUGUAUCAUUAUUCAAGACUGUCAUGUAUGACCAACUGUGAGGACAUCAACUUCCUGAGUUAUGAAAAGAGAAUAGAACUCAUCUGUUGCAAACAUAGUAGCUAUUGUAACCUCCCAAUGGGACUCUAG